AUGUACCAGCCGCCUAAUAAUAAAGUGUUACUUCAGGCGCGCUUCUUUGGAGCACGACAGGCGAAACGCUCUCUGCAAGAACAUAAGCAGGAGAUGCGUUCGCUGUCGGCGUCCAUUACUAUGGGUCCGAUACCGGAACACAUUAAGGUUCCUACGUUCAUGGACGGACUACGGCACGGCCCAUCUCGUCAGGCCCUUUUUAGAAAGGUGCCAAAGACGAUGGAGGAGGCAAUUGAUAUUGCCAUGGUUAAGGAGCAAUCCUACAAUAGUGCCUCGGCGACAGCUUACUAUAAGCCGUCGGCCGAGAAGUCGGAAGCCACUCCUAUGGAGUUAGGCAAUGCAGAUGUUAUCUGCCACCACUGCGGCAAGCGCGGCCAUGUGAAGGCACGCUGCUAUGCCAAAGUUGCUGCUGGGGCUAAGGCGUCCAGCAAAAAGGCCCCUUACCAGAAGGGUGAUGGCAAGGGACCGUGCACGACGCACGGGUUCAGCAUCAACCACUUCGGGUUCGAGAAAUGCGGGAGCGCAGUAGGGUCGGGAUGCCCUACCGACGCGGACUCUGAAGCUACCCCUAAGUUAAGAGUGAUCGAACAAAUGGGUAGCAUAGUAUCUGAGGUUCCGAAAGGUCGGACCUCAACCCUUUUGGUCUAUAGCGCUCGAAUUCGAGGCUAUGACCAAGUGAUGACCCUUCUCGUAGAUUCGGGUGCAUCACAAAAUUUUGUGAAACUAGCGACUUUCUAA